AUGUCAGAGCAAAUGCCGGACAGGGCUGGGAAUGCCGGAGCCCUGGAAGACAUCUGUCGGGAUUAUCAGUCAUCCCUGGAAAACCUGACUUUCAAUAGCAAACCGCACAUCAAUAUGCUGACCAUUGUAGCUGAGGAGAACCUGCCCUUCGCCAAGGAGAUCGUCUCUCUCAUUGAGGCCCAAACGGCCAAGGCUCCUUCCUCAGAGAAGCUUCCUCUUAUGUACCUUAUAGAUUCUAUUGUGAAAAACGUUGGAAAAGAGUAUCUCACUGCCUUUACUAAAAAUCUGGUUGCAACAUUUAUCUGUGUGUUUGAAAAGGUGGAUCAAAAUACAAGAAAAAGUUUAUUUAAAUUACGUUCCACAUGGGACGAAAUAUUCCCUUUGAAGAAACUUUAUGCCUUAGAUGUCAGAGUCAAUUCAUUAGAUCCUGCUUGGCCUAUUAAACCUCUGCCCCCUAAUGUGAAGACAUCUAGCAUCCAUGUGAAUCCCAAAGUUUUAAAUAAACCACUUGAGGAGCCUUCAGCACCAGGUACAGUGGUCAGCUCCCCCAGUAUUUCCACUCCUCCAAUUGUACCUGAUGUACAGAAGAAUCUUACUCAAGAACAACUACUAAGGCAAGAGAUACUUGAAAAACAAAAACAGUUGUUAGAACUUCAGCAGAAAAACCUGGAGCUUCAGAAGGAUAAAGAUGAGCACAUGAAAUCAUCUGAACACAGGCUGAUUGGAAGUAGAAGUGAAAUCAUAAAUGGCAUUGUGCAAAAACAGGACAUGGUUAAAGAAGAAUUAGAAAAACAGGAGCCAAAACCAGGGAGAUCAAGUACUCAAAAGAGAUCAAGAUCGAGGUCACCUAAGUCUUGGUCACCCAAAGGAAAGCAAAGAAGUAUGUUUUCAACUUUGGCCCCCAAAGCUAGAAAGAUGUAUCAGUCAGGACUUACACGGUCACAUAUGGAAGAUUUCCCAGCACAUUCUAGGGAAGAAAGAAAUGUUAAGAGAAGUACUAAGCAGGAUGUUCGAGAUCCUAGAUGGCUGAAAAACAUGCAUGAAGAUCGGCCUCAAGAAACUGCAAGUAAACAUUCUAUGACGUCAAAUGCUGAGCCAAAAGAGGAUAUACAGAAUUGGCAAAGCUCCAAGUCUGCAAAAAGAUGGAAAUCUGGUUGGGAAGAAAAUAAAUGCUUCCACCAGGGUGAUGGACAUAGUAAAGCACCUCAUCUAAGGUAUAGGGAGAGCUGGUCAAGCACUAAAGGAAUCUUGUCACCUCAAACCCCAAAGCAGCACCAUCGACCAAGGGUAGAUGCCAAUCUUCAGAUUCCUAAACAGAUAACUCUUGCAAGAAACAGAGAAUUCAUUCAAAAGACAAGUGAAAGUUUAGCUUCUGGUAAAAUUUCACAGGAUGAGUUCCUUGGUGUUGUGCAUCAAAUUCCACAGCUCUUUCAGUAUCAAGAAGGUGGAGAAGAGGAGCAGAGAUCUCCAUUCAAUGAUCGAUUUCCACUUAAGCGACCUAGAUAUAAAAAUUCAGAUAAACCAUUUGUAGAUGGCCCAGCAUCAAGAUUUGCUGCCCUUAAUACAAAUCAGUGGCUUACAGCUUUAGCUGAAGAGGGACCAUUAUUUGAUGGGCCUGGUAGGCCAUCUGUGAGGAGAGAUGGCCCAGCCAACAUGAUUUUAGAAGGACCUAACAAAUUAAGCCCUAGAAUGGAUGGACCUCCUACACUGGGUUCUGUUCGGUUUGAUGUGUCACCAGGACAAAUGGGGGGAGGAGGCCCUAUGAGAUUCCAAGGACCAUAUGGUCAGUUAGGAGAUAGGUGCCCUUUGAGAUUUGAAGUUUCUGCAGGACCAGUAGCAACACCUAUGCGGUUUGAAGGGACAAUUGUUCUCGGAGGAGGAGGAAGAGGAGGAGGAGGAACAGGAGGACGAGCAGGAGGAGGAGGAGGAGGAAAUAGAGGAGGAGGGAGUUUUCUAUUUGAAAGCUCACCUAGUGUGAGUUUUAAGGGAUCCACGGGUGGUUUGGGAUUUGAAGGAACUGGGGGUAAGCCUGUGGGUGGUCUGAUGUCUGAAGGCCCUCAUGGACAGCCUGUGGGCAUUCUUAGAUUUGAUAAUCCUCGAUGUCAGCCUGUAGGUAGACUUAGAUUUAAGGAGGGUCAUGGUCCCUCAGGGGCAGUAAUUAGGUUUGAUGCGCCUCAUGGUCAGCCGGGUGGUGCUAUCAGAUUUCAGGGUCCUUUGCUACAGCAAGGAAUUGGAAUGAGGUUUGAGGUUCCCCAAGGUCAGUCUGUAGCAAGUCUGAACUUGGAAAGACAUAAUCAACAAGGUGGGAAUCUUAGGUCUGAGGGACCACAUGGCCAACCAGGGCUUGGGAUCAGAUUUGAAGGACCUCUAGUAAAACAGGGAGGUGGAAUGAGGUUUGAUGGUCCUGUACCAGGAGGUGGUCUGAGAAUUGAAGCACCUCUGGGUCAAGGUGGUCCAAGAUUUGAAGGUUGUCAUUCUCUAAGGUUUGAUGGACAGCCAGGUCAGCCAUCACUUUUGACAAGAUUUGAUGGAACAUAUGGCCAGCCAGGUCCUAGAUUUGAAAGAAAUGGUCAGCCAGGUCCACAGAGAUUUGCUGGGCCACCUGAACAGCAGGUUCAACCGAGAUUUGAUAGUUUACCUCAACGAUUUCAUGGGCCACAACAGCAGCAGGCAUCAAGAUCUGAUAUUUUUAUUGGUCUGAAAGGUACCCAACAAGACAAUCAUCCUUCACAAAGGCUUGAAUCUUUCAAUCAGACUUGCCCAUAUAAUGACCCACCUGGCAAUGCUUUGAAUGUUCCAUCUCCAGAAUUACAGUUCCAAAGACAUGAACAAAUAUUUGAUACACCUCAAAAACCAAAUUUUAAUAGACCUCAAAGCCCUGGAAACCAGAAUUUCUCAAAUGCCCUUAGCAGAGCUUCAGGACACUAUUUUGAUGAAAAGAAUCUUCAGAGUUCUCAGUUGGGAAACUUGGACACUUUACCUUGUCCAAUGUCAGUAGGAGAUAUUCAGACAUCUCAACAGCUUCUGACUGGUGUUGCUCAGCCAGUAACAUUUGGCCAAGGACAACAAUUGUUACCAGUUCAUCCACAGAAUGCUGGAGCUUUUAUUCAAAAUCCUUCAGGAAGUCUUCCUAAGGCAUAUCCUGAUCAUCAUCUCAAUGAGGUGGAUGUAAAUGAAUUGUUUUCAAAACUGCUAAAAACAGGAAUUCUCAAAUUGCCACAGCCUGAUUCAGCUAUAACACAGGUAAAUGAGGCUGAUGCUCAGCUUCCCCCUGAAGAGGGAAAAGAUCAGAAUGAAGAUCAAGAUGUUCCAGAUCUCACUAAUUUUAAAACAGAAGAAUUGAAACAACGUUAUGACAGUAUUAUAAACCAGCUGUACACUGGGAUUCAGUGUUCUUCUUGUGGAAUGAGGUUUCUGACAUCCCAGAGAGAUGUUUAUGCAGAUCACUUGGACUGGCAUUAUCGACAAAAUAGAACUGAGAAAGAUGUUAGCAGAAAGGUCACUCAUAGGCAUUGGUACUACAGUUUAACAGACUGGAUAGAAUUUGAAGAAAUAAAUGAUCUGGAAGAACGUGCAAAAAGCCAGUUUUUUGAACAGGUUCAUGAAGAGGUUGUCCUCAAAACACAGGAGGCUACUGAACAAAAGGAGUUCCAAAGUGUCCCUGCUGGACCAUUUGGAGCACUUGAGAGUUGUGAAAUCUGUCAAGAACAAUUUGAACAGUACUGGGAUGAAGAGGAGGAGGAAUGGCACUUAAAAAAUGCUAUUAGAGUAGACAGAAAGAUUUACCAUCCAUCGUGUUAUGCAGAUGACCAAAACACAUCUUCUUUUGAUUGUACAACGUCUCCCAUCAAGACGCCAGUUAAAAACCCUUGGAAUAUUAUGUUGAACGUUGUCAAAAACGAACUGCAAAAACCCUGUGAAAGUCCCAAAGUUAAGGAAGAGCAAACUGAUGUCCCAUCAGCCUGUUCAGAAGAAAGAAUAGCAACACCCACUGACAUUAAAAAAGAAAAUGAUACAGUUGAGUCAGUUUAA